ACCAAUGCCCAUAUAAACUCCUCAAACCUGCUAAACCUCCCGCCACAACCUUCCGCCGUCGUUAACCGCUUCAACUGCCGCCGGAAACAUUCCCUUCACUACUGUACUCUCAUUUCCCGAUUUCGUCUUCAUCCUCACAAUAUCACUUCACUGUACCAUCAUUUUCGCUAUUGCUGGCAGUAGCUCGUCACUAAUUCCUCGCCGUCACUGCAUCAGAGGAUAAGAGAUAAUGGCGAUUUUGAGGUCUCGCGAAGUGACUCCGGCACUCAAGCCUAAAGCCUCUUCAAAAACCCUAGAAAAUGUUACUGUAUUGGAACCGGCAACUCCGUCAAAGUCUCUAGAAACUUCGAGCCAGCCUUUAUGUACUCCGAUUUCUUCUUCGGCUGGUCGUUCCAUUCCUCGUGUUGUUGCUCCAAGGAGGAGUUUGAGAUUGGCUUCUAAAACCAGUUUGAGCGAAAUUUUGAGUCGAAAAGGAAAUAGUAAGGAUUUUGAAAUUUAUAAUGAGUGUAGUGGUGAGAGUUUGAAGAGAGACAUUGAUGUAGAAAACACGGUUUUGGAUGAAUAUAAGAAUUUGGGGGUUUGGCGAAGCGAAGGUAUUGAAGAAAUAGGUUUGAAUAAAUCUGAUGUUAUAGGAAAUUUGGCAUUCUGUGAGGAGAGAACUGAAUAUGCUAAGAAGGGGAAAGGGAAGAAAAAACAAAGUAUAGAAGUGCAGGGAGAAGGGAACACUAAGUUUUUGAGUCUGCGGUCAGGCAAGAAAAUCUCAAAGAGAGCAGUUGAAGAAAGCAGUGGUGGCUCUGUUGGUGAGACUGAAAGUGUUGAGAAGGGUUGCGAUGAGAAGCUGUCUCAAGGAAAGCUAAGUGAAGGAAUGUCAAACAGUUGUGAUUCAGAAGGUGCCUUGAGCAAUAAGUUGGGGACAAGUUCAGAUGAGCCUUACAGUGUUAAGAGGAGGAGAUUCAGUAGAGAAGAGAAAUGUAAAGGCACAGUUUAUGAGCAGGGUUUGUCAGUGGUUCAUUCAGUAAACUUGGAAUCAGAGGAAACAUUUGGGAUGCCAUUUGAUCUCACAGUACCUCAGUCUGCCUGUUUUCCAACAGACGUGGAUGAUCAUGGUGAUGAGCAAGCUGCUAGUAUGCAAAAUGGUAAUUCAAAGACUAGAAGGAGGCUUAGCAGAGAGGAAAAAGGAAAAAAAGUGAUGGUUGGCGAUGAUUUGCCUCAUGGUGUUGAUACAUUGGAAGGAAAAUCCAAGCAAGGGGCGGAAAAACCCAUAAAUGAUAUUGUUUCAAGAGAUAUUAAUUUCUCAGAGGAUAGGACAUCUCAGGAUGGAGAACAGGUUGCAGAUGCCACUGCAAGCAUAACUGCUACUAGAGUGUCUACAUCAAGAAGAAGGUUUAGGGAUAUUGCCAGACGAAAUGCUUCCAGAUUUGCUCAUUUCUCUUCCCAAACGGAACAGGAUAUAAAUUCCACUGCUGAGGCUGCUGAGGAAAUUCCACAGGAGGAAGUGAACACUGUAGAAAGAGAAGACUGGCCUGGUCCAUUUUCAACUGCUAUGAAGAUUAUUAGAGAUCGUGAAACUAACAUCAAACGUCAGCAGGGUUCAUUUUCUGAGAAAAGUAAGAUUGAAUUGGUAUGGUUUCCCAAAAAGGACCAGCAGUGCCAAUCUAGAAAGCUGGUGGUUCCCUCACUACAAGACCUAUGCAUGGGCAUUUUAGUGAAAAAUGCAGAUGCAAUCACUUCACUUGAUUGUGUACCUGAUGCACUCAGGCACAGGAUUUGCCAAUCACUGUGCGAUUCUCGAAAAAUGACUUAUCAAUUUUUUGAACUUCUUACCCGCGGAUCUCCUACAGAGAUACGCAUAAGGGACUGUUCAUGGUUGGAUGAGGAGAAGUUCACACAGACCUUUGAAGCAUGUGAUACCAGCAACUUGGUGGUGCUUCAACUGGAUCAGUGUGGUCGCUGUAUGCCAGAUUAUAUCCUAUUGGCUACAUUAGCUCGUUGCCAAAACAAUCUCCCUGCACUAACUACCUUGUCCUUGAAAGGUGCAUGUCGUCUUUCCGAUUCUGGGCUGACGGCGAUCAUCUCUGCAGCACCUUUUUUAAGGUCAAUGGAUCUCAGCCAGUGCUCUUUGCUGACAUGUGAUGGAAUUAGCUGCUUAUCUAAUUCAUUGGGAUCAGUUCUGAGAGAGUUGUAUCUAGACGAUUGCGAAGCAAUAGAUCCCAUGCUUAUUCUACCAGCAUUGCUAAAGCUAGAACAUUUGGAAGUUCUAUCAGUAGCUGGAAUCCAGACUGUAUGUGAUGCUUUUAUUAAAGAAUUUGUCACUCAUCGAGGUCAGAGUCUGAGAGAGAUUGUUCUGAAGGGAUGCACGCAAUUGACUGACUGUUCUCUGAAAGAGAUUGCACAAAGCUGUCCUGGAUUACGCGCUAUUGACCUGAGUAACUUGCGUAAAUUGACAGACUCUGCAAUCGGACAUCUUGCCACUGGUUGUAGAGCAGUUGACAAGCUAAAACUCUGUCGCAAUGCAUUCAGUGAUGAAGCUGUUGCUGCUUAUGUUGAAACCAGUGGGGAGUCUUUGAAGGAAUUGUCUCUCAAUUUUGUCAGUAAGGUUUCACACAACACUGCAAUAUCACUAGCCAAAUGCUCAAAAAAUUUGAUUAGUCUGGAUUUGUCUUGGUGCCGCAACUUGACGAAUGAAGCCCUGGGACUGAUUGUUGAUAGCUGCUUGUCAUUGGAAGUAUUGAAAUUAUUUGGCUGUACUCAGGUUACUAAUGUUUUCUUGGAUGGUCACUCAAAUCCCAAAGUUCAGAUCAUUGGUUUGAAGAUGACUCCAAUAUUACAACACAUUGAGGCACCAGAUUCUCUGCAGCAAGGGCCAUUACGAUAUUCAGCAGUACCAUCUUUAUUCUGAUGAUUUUGUUCGAAGUUAAUUAUCGUAUUUGUUUCAGAAUGGAGUCAAUAUCUUCUGAAUGCCAGAAGUCAUAACCUCGCCUCACUUCCUUUGGACCUAGAUAACUUGUUUUGUGGUGUAAUGCAAGGUCCUGUUUGGUUGAAUGGCAAUUUUGCAAUGUUUAUGGAGAACUUCUCCCCUGUCUAAAUGGAAGAACAUAUUUUUAGCGUGGAUGAUAUUUGAUCCAACCAAAAAUUUAAUUCUCGUUCAGAAAUGUUGCGAUGUUUUGUAUUAAAUUUUUGCACUAUCAUGUUCUCGUUUGCUGGUGUUGGACUUGGAUGACGUGUUUGUGGCUU